AUGUCAAGUCCUUCAAGCAUACAACAAAAUGGCAAUGCCCUUCCCUUCGCCAACUCGGCCACUAUAGUAAGAGCCAAUCAGAAGGAUGCAUACUUUGAGUCGUCACUUCGAAGUCAAAUCCAAGAUGCGUUCCAGAUCUUCAAGGGCCAGCGGUUUAUCAAUAAGUACCCAGAAGAAAUCACUGUGGCUACCAAGCUGAUGUACUUGAUCUUGACGACUUUGGCUGGGUACAGAACCUUGGGAGAAGAGUACGUUGAUUUGCUCUACAUUAAUCGCAGUGGGAAGCGGUUUCCAGGAUUAUUUAGGAGGCUUGGUUUCAUAGUGUCAUAUGCUUUGGCACCUUAUAUCAUUUCCCGAAUUGUCAAGAAAUUCAAGCUUUACAGCUCUGAAAAUGAGAGGAAUAAAGUUAAGAAAUGGUUCAUCGAUGUUUUCUCCAGUUAUACGAGCGUAUUAGACACAAUGAUGAAUUUGCACGUUGCUAUGUUCUAUUUUCAAGGGUCGUACUAUUCUUUAUCAAAACGUCUAUUUGGUAUGAGGUACAUCUUUGGCCACAACAAAGACUUGAACAAGAUGGCUAAGAACUCAAACUACUCGUUACUUGGGUUAAUUAUCUUACUUCAGUUUGUUGUCAAGGGUUUAAUCAAGUUCAAGGCAUAUACUGACCAGACCAAUUUGGAUUCGAGCAUUAUAGUCGAUCAUGAAGACGAUGGUACGUACAAAAGAAUUUCCCAGAUCAAGGUUUCGGCAAAUGAAGUAGACUUAGCAGAUGAUAGCCAACUUCCUUAUAUUCCUGAAGCCUCAAGAAAUUGUAUUCUUUGUCUUUCGCCUAUGGUGAACCCAUCGGCUGCAAACUGCGGUCAUUUAUUCUGCUGGGAAUGCAUUGUGGAUUGGGUAAGAGAAAACCCUGAAUGCCCUCUUUGCAGGACGCUGUGUGUAGAACAGAACUUGUUGCCUUUAAAGUGA